AGCAGCUCGGGACAGUGGAAAUUGGAAACAAAUUGCAAAACCCAGAUUCAGGAGGAACCAAGUACCAACAGAACUGCAGAAGGGUCUUCCGCCGAUCGUCCGCCACUCCGCCGAUCUUCUCUUCGUCGAUCGUCCGUCGAUUUCUCUUCCACCGAUCGUCCGCCGAUCUUCUCCUAUGUCAUUGCACUUCUUCUCUUCCGUCGAUCUUCACCAUCUACCUCAUCUGAUUGGCUCAAAACAGAACAGAUCGUCUUCGGGAAAGUGGUUUCUUUCCUCUGCUGAGUGCCUCCUCCUCAUCUCCUCUGUUGACUGCCGAUCACCUCCUCCUUCCUCACUAGACUGAAACAACAAAGCAAAACAAAAGUCACACUGUUGCAGAACAUACCAUCUCCUCCAUCGCUGCCCUCCUUCUCUUCCUCAUCUCCUCUGUCGGUGCCCUUCUUCUCUUUGCUCCACCGAACAGAAGCAACAAUGGAAAUCAGAAUCUUCCUCGUCAUUCACUCAAUAGAAGCAGCAAAGCAGA